CCCUUCUUUCUCAAAGACUCACAUAACACGCUACUUUCAUCAUCACCAUGUGUCUGGUAUUUGUGUGCGACGAGGACGAGAGGGUUUUAGCGAGGCAACCAGCGCCAGGGGCGUGUCCGUACUGUGGAGGCAUGGUGCAAGCAACGGACGUUCAGAAGCAAUGGCGUUUCUGUUUUCUUCCUAUCUACUUUAAAACCAAGCGCAGAUAUUAUUGCACCAUCUGUACUAGAACACUCCAGAUCCAAUAGAUUCUACAAGACUACAACUUAUUCAUUUUUUGCAUCUUUUUAUGAUUUUGAUUUUUUUUUUUGUAUUGAUUCAUUGACAGAGGACCUACCCUGUUAAUAGACUAAGUAGAAGUCAUUAUGUUAGGUACUAGCACGGGCUUCCAGUUUUGUUCACAAGUCUCUGUAUAUAUAACAAAGUAUAGUGAGUUGUAAAUUGUUUUCUUGUUUGAAUUAGCCAUAAUUUUAGUUUACCUUUGGACGAUAUUUACACAUUUGUAAUAUUAUUAUUAAUAUUAUUUUUAAUUAUAAUGAAGUAA